GAGCCGAAAGCCGACCCACUCAAGACCUAACCUAACACACAGAAAACGAAAAUGGUCAGUUUAUUGCGUUUCCCGCACUUUACCGAAAAAGCUAUGUGUACAAUACCGUAAAUCGCAACUGGACUAUGAAAAAUGUCGACAAAUACUGUGCACGACUUAAUUAACCAGCAGUACGGACGGGCUAUUUGGAGGCAAUACGAUUCAGUCUUCUGCAGGCUCCGUUGCGAGGCCGAUCGACCACAUCUCUCUACACUGUGUGAAUCGGCAAUUUUCACGUGCAAAAAUGCCCCAAAACCAGGGAGCGAGCACAUUGUUGGGAUGGCCAAUGAGAACGGGCAUCUAGUGGUGAUGGACACCGAAUCUGAAGCCACAAACUGCACAGACGCACACAGCAACGCCAUUUUUGACCUGGCCUGGAAGUUCGACCAGAUGCAAUUAGUGACUGCCUCCGGAGACCGCUCUUCCAUGCUCUACGAUAUGGCCGAUGGUGAUUUUCGACACAUUCGCACCUUUUGCGGCCACUCAAGAUCGGUGAAAACUGUCGCAUUUCGCAAAGACGAUUCCAGUGCGUUUGCAACAGGCAGUAGGGACGGCAACAUAAUUAUUUGGGACACCCGAACUCAACAACACAGUUCCCUGAUAAAACCGGAUAGCACCAUAAGAAAUUCCCAUGGGGAUACCCCAUUCAAGGUCAAGAGAAGGCACGGCGGCAUCCCAAAUCUAAGUAAAUUGCCUUCAGGAAGCAGCAGAGUUUUUACUUUACUAUCGGGUUUUCUACUUUCAGACGUAAAGAGCGUCACGAGCUUAGUGUUCCAAAACAUCAACACUUUGAUAUCUUGCGGGUCUUACGACGGCAUGAUUAAAGUUUGGGAUCUACGGAAACACUACACAGUCUACAAAAAGGACCCACUGCCCAAGUAUUCCAUUCGCUAUAGCGGCACAACCGGCAAAAACGGCUGCAGUAACCUGGUCAUUGAUAAUGCUGGUGUCCGACUCUACGCGAACUGCCUGGACAGUACUAUUUACUGCUACAACAUAGCCACUUAUAACCCCGAGCCAAUGAUGAAAUAUAGGGGACACCAAAACAAUACCUUUUAUAUCAGGGCCUCGCUGUCCAAGGACGAGAAUUACUUGGUGAGCGGCAGCACGGAUGAGAAUGCCUAUAUAUGGAAUCUUGGGUAUCCGCAACCAAUUGUAAAAUUAGUCGGACAUAGCUCAGAGGUUAGUAGUGUUGCGUGGUGCAAUAGGAAGGCGGCGCCGGCUCUUGUGACUUGCUCGGACGAUAUGUCCUACAAGCUGUGGAAAAUUAGCAAUCUAGAUUCAACGGAUAAUGAACAAGGGCGCGCCGAAAUCCUGCCAUUCCCAGCUAACCAAACCGCCUCCAGAGAACAUUUUAGGAAACGCCGAUGUUUCCACGAACCGAAUUUAUUGCCGAAGAAAACCAUUUGGCAGUGUAAAAACUGCCAAAGAACGACCUUCACAAACACACUGUGUGACAACUGCUUGCCUCCGACUUCUAAACGGAAAGCCGAUUCCGAAUUAUUUAGCGAAAGCAAACGAAUUCAGACUAGUUUCGGCCCUCGAAGACUGUUCGCUCACUUGGCGAGAAACUUUAAGAAAGACGACACUUCGGACCAGGCUUUCCCCUCAGAAGAGGACAGUUUAAGCUUGAAACCCCUCAACAAAGCUCUAGGUAACCUCAGGACCGAAGACCUCGACAAUUUACCCAACUUUGUGGUGGAUGGCAUGGCGCCCCAUCUUAACUACUCACCACCGAAGAGAAGACCUCAGGACUGGCUCACCAGACUGCGAAUCGAGCGCAAUUUCCAACAGGAAAUUAUGGGCCAUAGAUCACCAAAGGCCCCGCGAUUGGAAAUGUCGCCGAAAGGCAACAUUAAAACUUGUACGUCGGCAAAUAGUCCGCUUCUGCGGUUCUUCAAGGUGACCAGUAGCAAUGGGCCAGCCGCCGACCCUAUCGCUCAUUCUCCUAAGAGCCGCAGUGGCGUCUUGCCGGAUCAAAAUUCGGAUGAACCUCAGAAUCAAUAACCGCACUUGUUGUUGCAAAAGUGUAUUUUACAUGCUAUGUGAUACUUGUUCUUGAUGCUUGUUGACGCGUUCCUUUUAUGUAAAUAUUUUAAUUCCAAAAGUGUCUCACUUUAAACAAAUUAGCUUCUAAGUAAGUGUAUUCCAUAGAUAAGUAUUGUCGACCUUAAACGUUGAUUACGGAGUAAACGAAAUUCAUUGACAGUUAA